AUGGCGCCUGGCAUCAAAGGAAAAAAAUGCACGCUUCUGAUUCUAAGACUGAUUUUCUGUUUUUUACUGACCAACAUCAUGCUGAUGCUUUACUGCUUCACAAACCAAACUAAAGUGAAUAUAAGUGACUCCCAGGAAGACACGUGUCCCCUCAGAAUGACUUUAACAAAGACAAAUAUGACUCCUCAUAGCUCCACAUCCCAGCCAGAGAAGUGUUCUCCCAAAGUGAACAUCAUGUUCUUGAAGACCCAUAAAACCGCCAGCAGCACCGUGCUCAACAUCCUCUUCAGAUUUGGAGAGAAGCACAAGCUUAAAUUUGCCUUCCCCGAUGGACGCAACGACUUCUUCUACCCGUCCCCGUUCCUGUGCUCGCAAGUGAAGGACUACAGGCCUGGUGACUGCUUCAACAUAGUCUGUAACCACAUGCGCUUUGACCCCCAGGAAGUAGCCAAGCUCCUUCCUCCAGAUGCUGUGUACAUCACCAUCCUGCGUGACCCUGUGGAUCUCUUUGAGUCAUCCUUCCAUUAUUACCACAGAGCGGUUCCUCUCACAUGGAGGAUCAAAGGAGACGACAAACUGGCCGAGUUUCUGAACGAUCCUCAGAGCUACUACAGCUCAGAUGCUUUUAACUCCUUCUAUCUCAGAAAUCUGCUCUUCUUUGACUUUGGCUUUGAUAACAACCUGGAGGCAGAUGACCCCCGUGUAGCGAAGGCCAUUCACGACUUAUCAAGCCAUUUUGAUCUGGUUCUCAUCACAGAAUACUUCGAAGAGUCGCUUAUAUUGCUUAAGGACAAACUCUGCUGGACAAUGGAGGACAUCCUGUAUUUCAAACUGAACGCCCGUAAGAGCUCGUCUGUAUCCCGACUCCCCCCUGAGUUAAGAGCCAAAGGUUUAAGGUGGAAUGGGGCUGACUGGAAACUCUACCAGCGCUUUAACACGACCUUCUGGGCAAGAGUGGAGGCUUAUGGGAGAGAGAGAAUGAGACAGGAAGUACAGGAGCUCAGGAGAAGAAAUGCCAAGAUGAAGGCCACCUGUAUUGAGGAUGGAGGAGCAGUCGAAGCCCAAAGGAUCCAGGACAGGCGUUUCCUUCCUUGGCAGCCAGUUGGAGAGGCUUCCAUCAUGGGCUACAACAUAAAGAGUUAUAUUGGUCCCAAAUUCAGGACGAUUUGUGAGAAAAUGCUCACACCUGAAAUACAAUACUUGGCGGACCUGGGUGUCAGCCUGUGGCUAACUAGACUGUGGGGUUGGAUUAAAGAUGCUGUUUUUACAGUUUUACCUAGAUUAUAA